AUGUCAUACGCAGUCAUGGUCGAAGAUAGCAUGAGCCUAGAGUCGGCCGCUCACCCAAAAGUCGACGCGCUUAUCCAAUGGUUUACGGAACAUGGCGGCCAGCUCAGUGACGCCGUGCAGAUUGCAUUCAACGACUCGCGAGGCUUCCACAUGCGAGCUGUAAGGCCGCUGCAAUCGCCCGUCGUCGUGACAUGUCCACUCAAGCUUACACUAUCUUGUCUGAAUCUAGACCCCGAGCAGAAACAUGUGCUCUUCGUUGACAGCCGGUUGCAGCCAUGCCAAGGCAAAAUACCUGAUCACAUAUUGACCUAUCUGCUGUUGAUCGAGCAACGGAAUAAGGGCAAAGAGUCGCCAUGGCACGCUUACAUUGCCUGCUUACCGGGUGCGGAGAGCAUGACUACUCCACUCUGGUUCGAUGACGAGGACAUGGCAUUCCUCGCGGGCACCAGCCUAGCACCCGCUGCCAAAGAGAGAAAGUCUCUUUACUAUCAGCAAUGGGAGCAAGCACUAGGCAUUAUGAAGGACGCGGGCGUCGCCCUGGCUGACGAAGUUGAUUUCGAAUCCCUUUUGUGGGCUGCAACCAUAUUCACCUCACGUGCCUUCAUCUCUACACACAUACUGCCGGAUCAUGAGACUGUGCCACUUCUAUUUCCAAUUGUCGACAUUCUGAACCACUCUGUUUCAGCUAAGGUAGAGUGGGAGUUUCAGCCUCUUGCUUCUUUCUCUCUGAAGCUACUUGAGGGUGACACAUUUACAGCCGGACAGGAACUGUUCAACAAUUAUGCGCCCAAGCAAAAUGAUGAGCUGCUACUUGGGUAUGGAUUCUGUCUCGAGCACAACCCUAUAGAGCAAUUCCCCCUCAAGCUCGCCUUUCCCCCUAUGUUGCAGGAAUAUGCUGAAGCGAUGGGACUGUUCAAGCCUGAGCGCGUGCCGUUUGGGAUGAGUACAGAUUUUCUUGAAAAGAACCCAAACACUGAGCAGCACUUCUUGAGAGCCAAGGACCACCCGUUUGGUCGGUAUGACAACUGCGUACCCUUCUUUCGCGGCAUUCCCCCUUAUAUUGUGCAUUUCUUCUUCAUCCAGACGUUAUUGUCUCGAGAGCUUGAGCUACAAGACAUCAACGUUCAGAGACCAGGUGCCAGGAUCACCUUGCAAGUCCUAACGUUGCUGCAUCAAGCCAUGACACAGCGCUCUCAAACACUACCACUUUCUUUCUCACAAGAGCCGCAAAACGAUAAGCAGAAGUACGCAAAGAUCUACCGCGACGGCCAAGCCAAGAUCGUCCACUCCAUCCGUCUCGAACUCCAAAGCGCAAUCGACCGUAUCCGCGCUCCAACAGACCAAACACUACCCAAGCGAGGCGUCCUCUUCACCACGGAUCAAGCAAUCGCUGCUCUAACAGCUGAGCUCCCUAUCAGCAAGUCUCAAUACUUCAACACCGGGAUCAAAAAGCACAAUCUGAUCGACGAGUCCCUAAUCUGGACACUCCUCCUCGUCACCCUCGUUGCACACUCCCUCACCCACAAAGAAGGCCCAAUCGCCGCCUGGUUAUGCACCCUUUACACUCAGCACCCCCUCCCCUCUCUCGAGGACGGCAUCGAAGACGCAGAUACAUACACCUUUGUCGACGAGAACAUUGGCGAUUUCUGUAGCUGCGAAGACGUGCUUGAGAUGCUGGACGGUGUCGGAGAGAAGUUUGCACGCGUGGGGGAUGACAAGCCGGCUUUACUAAGCGAGCCCAUGGAGAACUUGGGCGUGAGGGUAAUCAUGUGGGCUAUGAAAGUCGUGGAGCGGGAAGUACUACCAAUUCUAAAUGACGGGGUGGUGUGCAAAUGUUUGUACAUGACGCCUUGGCUAUCCGGAGCCGACGAGGAUGAGGGCGAUGGGUGGAUGUACCAAGAGUGA